AAAAUACUCUAAGAUUUCUUUGUAUUUAUUGCAUAGCAUAUUCUAACUUGUGGCAUGACUCUUGUGGGUUCAUUUCAUUGGGAGCAUUCCCUUUCUGCACCAGCUAGUAUAUAUAUAGGCAAAGGGAGACACAUGAGUGAGGCAUAACAUAAUUGAAGUGAUACUAUAUAUAUAUAUAUAUAGGAGAGAGAAAUCAGAUAGCAUAGGCCAUUGGUAUAUAUUGGAAGAGUGCAUAUAAUAUAUAAGUAGAAACUAAGGGUUUGUGAUAAGAUGGGGAGAGGAAGAGCACCAUGUUGUGAUAAGAGUCAAGUUAAGAGAGGUCCUUGGAGCCCUUCAGAAGAUCUUAAGCUCAUUGCUUUCAUUCAAAAGUAUGGCCAUGAAAAUUGGCGUGCUCUCCCAAAACAAGCAGGGCUUAUGCGGUGUGGGAAAAGUUGUCGUUUGAGAUGGAUCAAUUAUCUCAGGCCUGAUGUGAAGAGAGGAAAUUUUACACAAGAGGAAGAGGAAACCAUAAUAAGGUUACAUAAGGCCUUGGGAAACAAGUGGUCAAAGAUUGCAUCAUGUUUGCCUGGUAGGACAGACAAUGAGAUCAAGAAUGUGUGGAACACCCACAUAAAGAAAAGAAAAAGUUCAAAUUCAAGUGCACAUGAAUCCAAGCCAAAGUCAUCAAUAACUUCUUCCUCUUCAUCUUCAUCCGAAUUAUUUUUCUCAAAUGAGACACCGAAUUCGCCAAAGACCACAACACUUGGUGAUGAAUUUAAUGACCAAGCAUCACAAGUGACAGAUAAAACAGAGCAAGAUUCAGAUAAACAAGUAUCAAAUGAGCUUAUUAUCAUCUCUGAGAGUCCAAAAGAGUCAUCAAUUUCAUUAUCAUCUAUUGAGUCAAAUAUUGUAACCUCAAGCCAAAAUGUUGCAUACAAAGCAGAACAACAAUUGGCUUCACCAUUAUCCUACCUAGGACCCUAUGAUUUUGGUAGUAUAUCAGAAGAGGUGGAUAAACCAAACCACCUGUUUGAAAUACCAUGGGAAUCAAAUUGUGAUUUUUGGAACCUGUUAGAUGAUGAUAAUCUUGGGUCUUUUCAAUCAAAUGAAGUCCAAUUAGGUGAGUCCCCAGCUAGCCAAAAUAUUAUUCUUGGAGAAGAGAUUGUUGAUGAUGUUGAAGCUAAGAUGUGGUCCCAUGAUUUUGAGAAUGAGUUUGGAUUAGUAGGUGAGAUAAAUGAGUCAAACAAGGAUCAUUUCCUACCAAAGAAUUGUGCAAUUGAGCCAAAAAUGGAUCACACUCAAACAUUUGAUUUCGACGACAUAACAAGACCAGAAUCUGAAUUAGACUUUAGUUAUAUUCAAUUGUGGCCAUCUUGGCCUUAGAAUACUAGUCUUUAGUUCAAUAUAAACCAGUAGUUGGUAAACAAGACCAUUUGAGAAUCACGAAAUUGUGAUUUACUACUACUUAUUGUAAAUUAAUCAAGCAGAUUAGGUCGCUUUGAUGUACGAUGGGUUUCAUGUAUCGUCCACAAAAUCAAGUCAGCACAAGUUGUAGAUUGAAGCACGAAUAUAUAGUUUAAUGUAUUGAAUAAUUUGUUGUUAAACAACAACUAUCACACACGUUGAUAGUGGGUAGGUGAUAUAUAUUCUUAACUUAUUGCCACCGGUGGUUGACAUUUUUUCCUCAUGUCCCCACGCCUUCGAAGAAUUGAAAGAAUUGCAAGUACAAGACUUGCAUUGUAGCAUGUAUAGGGUUAGCCACAAGUGUUGUUCUUCACCAUGUAAAUUUCCUAUUGAAAUUCAAUAUUAUUUUUAUUUACA